CUUAAGUGUGCGCCAUGUUUCUUCCUGGAUGGUGAACAUUUACAAUGUCAUGGCGAGAAACAACAUGACCUGUCUUUGGAUAUGUGUUAUGCUCUUCUGUGUAUGUGUGGCUAAGGAAACGUUAUCUCCUUGGAGAAACAUUACUUGGGAUUCUCUCAAAUAUGAAUAUAAAUUCACUAACGCAAUGGAUUGGUGGACGGCCGCAAAUUCUGGAUGUGACGACGUUGGUGUACUUCUUGUACGAGGUCAUAUUUCACAAAGACUUAAAAGGAAAAUGGUGACACGUCAAAGAUACUGGGUUGGUGCUCUGGAAGUUUAUACGCCAUGGAAAUGGACAGAGGAUAACACCACACUAUUAACGCUAAAGGGAUCACUGGACGUUUCGCUUAUCACAGAUUGGGAUUAUACAUUAGACGCCAAUGAACCGUAUCUCUGUUACGAGACAUGCGAUGGAGGACCAGUUGGUUUACAGGGACAAUAUUGCUAUUGUUUAGACGAAACGGUCAAUGUCUCCACGCAUGUUAAAGAAAUUCGAUGUCCCGGGUCAUUUAACCAGUACUGUGGAAGUGAAUUGAAAGUGUCAGUCUAUGAUAUUGAUAUACCAGGACGCGUUUCAUUCACUCCUAGCACCGAUGCCAACUGUGGUUACGUAUACUAUUACUAUGGAUACGAUGGCAACAUGUUAGGCCUGAGUUUGGGUGAUUGUAAUACACGAAAAUAUUAUGCAUGCCCAGGAGACGACUUUUACUACAGAGGUUCAAAAAUAUGCAAUCACGGGUCACAACGAGUAUGCGUAUCGACCUAUAAGAGUACAUGGAGAAACGCCAUGUCUGAAUGCAAUAACAAACUUGUUAAACUGAAAAAUGAAGUCAUGCCAGAUCUGCUAAAUCUCACUAGCAGGACAGGAAACUAUAAAAAAUCCUACUGGAUUGGUCUUCUGAGAUACAGAACUCCUAAAUGGAUAGACGGGUUUCAAUUUAGUGAAGAUGUACAUGGUUCAAAUCGACUGAAAUCACUAGCUUGUGUGGCUAUGUAUAAAUCGUAUUACUCGGGUAACAUAUAUUACGAAAGAACAAGCUGUUGGAGCAGACUACCUGCGAUUUGCCAGAUCUACAAAUCUAAACCUACACCAGUGCCUACACCACCAACUACAACCAUGCCUACAACAAGAACGCAUCGUCUGCCCGCAACAACGAGUAGUUACGUUUCACAACACACUGCAACAACUCUCCCAGCACAGAAAUGGGAUGGAACAAGUGAAACCCAUAGACAAGUCGGCUCAGAGAGAGAUUCAGGUGGUUUGGUAGCUGGUAUUGUCGUUGGAGUACUAGUAUUGCUAGUCUUGGCAGGAGUUAUCGUACUUGUAUGGAUGAAAAGAAAAAACAGAUUUUGCUUCCAGUCAGAUAAAAUGGACAGUCCAAGAAGAACUGCAUCGCCCAUCCACGCGACAUCCUCAGUACCCAACAACUAUGAACAAUAUAACGCUGAUGUAACCAACAGAGUCCAGUAUGAAAAUCUGGCGUACUGUGCUCAGCGAAACACGAAAGCCUUGCGUGGUCCAAUCGCCGUUUCGUCCAUCGAUUACGACCUUGCUGCUGCAGAUGACACACUACAAGGAACUCGUCAUUUAGCGGAUCUACCCAAUGGCAUCAGGCCACGUGAUGACUACGAACUGGCGAGUCCAGAUGACGCAAAGCCAGAAACGGCUUAUUCCGCAGAUUCGUCCAGUUAUGCCUGUCCAGGUGAUUACUUUGAACUGGAGGGUCCAGGUGACUCUGGACCAGAAACAGAUGACUAUGAACUGGACGGUCCAGCAGACACAGCUGAGUACGCAGUAAUGGACGGUAAAAUCGCUUCUGAGGAAUACAACACUCUGCACGAGACACAACGAGACAGAAACGUAGAUCUAAACUACAGCCACAUUGGUGCGGCCGAGCUAACUGGAGACCUGUACGACACGACAGAACCUACACCACGCGGACGGACGGACAAUGAUAUGUACAGCCACAUCAAGAGAGACAAAUUUGAAGACGAGGAUAUGUACAACCAUACGGACGGGUCAGAUGACGUACCAGAGCAGUAUGACCCAGAAUACAGCCACAUUGCUACUAAGUAGAUACAUGUACUAGUUUUUGUCGGUCAGAUCAUACAGAUUAUAUACAAUUUAUACAAUAUAUGCUUUGUAAAUAUGACAAUUCUACAUACCAAUCACAUGCUAUAACAGACAAUUCAUAUAUUAUUGAUACAAUCAGAUGGUUACAUCUUGAAAAUGUGAAAUACUCAAAGUCCAAGCCAAUUAUGUUAGAGAGAAUAGACUUAUAUUGAUACACUCUAAAUAAUACAUGAUUUGGCAAACAUAGAGACUGAGCAUAUUAUGUUACAGAGAAUACGUUUGUAAUCUGGAUAAUAUAUUUUCGGUAAAUAUGGCAAACCUGUGUUUACAGAGAAUACAUCUAUGUUAAUACAUGUGAGAUAAUACCAUUUGUAAAUAAGGCAAACCUAGAUACUAUGCAAAUUAUAUACCAGAGUAUACAUUUUUAUUGAUUUAAUCAGAAUAAUACAUGUUUUGUAAAUAUGGCAAACCUGUACUUACAAAGAAUAAAUUUAUAUUGAUGCA